AAAUCCAGCACAGGAAAUCGUGUGAGUGUGUAAAAGAGUGUGUGUGUUGUUUCCGGGUUGCAGGUUGCUCGUUGAGAAGCGUCAGGAUGAAACUUUGAUCAAAGAUCAAAGAAUAAGAAGCUGCUGCUGCUGACGUCAUCAUGGCCGUGAAGGCUCAGGUUCUGUAUGACUUCACAGCUGAACCAGGAAACAACGAGCUGUCGAUCCAACAGGGAGAGACCGUCAUUGUGCUGGACCAGACUGUGGGUGGAGGCUGGAUCGAAGCCCAAAACUCCAGAGGACAAACCGGUCUGGUACCUGAAGGAUAUUUACAGGUCGGUGGUGGCUCCUGGUCAGAGGGCAGGGCAUAUAACAGUACAGAAGGAUGGGACAGUCAAGGAUCUGCACGCACACCACACGCAGCUGCUGAGGACGAUGACGAGUGGGACGACGAGUGGGACGACCAAUCAGUGGGUGGUUACCGUGGUGACUAUCAGGUGGACGAGGAGGGUGGGGCUACAGGACAGAGUACGCACGGUCCCUCCAUGAAGAUCUCCCUAAACAAGUUUCCGUUCUCCAAAGGUCCAAGUGCUGAAGUCUUCUUGCUAGCUAAACCUCCAGCUAACAGCAGAGACAGACUUCCUGUUUACAUGGGAGAUGUGGGUCCGGUCUGGCUGUACCCGUUGGCUCCUCUGGACUGUGUGAUCGACGACCCAAGGAAGGAGUCCAAACUGUACGGACUGAAGAGCUUCAUCGAGUACCAGAUUACUCCCAAUACAACCCACAGACCUGUCAAUCAUCGCUACAAGCACUUUGAUUGGCUGUAUGAGCGUCUGCUGGAGAAGUUCGGCUCAUCUCUGCCCGUCCCCUCACUGCCCGACAAACAGGUGACAGGCCGGUUUGAGGUGGACUUCAUCAGGACCAGGAUGGAGCAGCUGCAGGCCUGGAUGACCCGGAUGUGUCGGCACCCCGUCAUCUCUCAGAGCCAUGUCUUUCAGCUCUUCCUCACCUACACAGACGAGAAGGAGUGGAAGGCAGGAAAAAGGAAGGCGGAGAAAGACGAGACGGUUGGACCAAUGAUCUUCAGCCUGAUCGAACCUGAAGCUGCAGAACUCGACACUGCUGAUGUUGAACACAGGUGUGAACUCUACAGUCGCUUCACAAAGUCGAUGGAUGACGGAGUCAAAGAGCUGCUGAACGUCGGACACACACACUGGAAACGCUGCACGGGACCACUGCCUAAAGAGUACGAGCGGAUUGGUCGAGCCUUCAGGAACCUGUCCAGUGUUUUCAUCAGCAGCAAGUAUCCAGGAGAGCAGACGCUGACUGACGCUCUGACAGCUGCUGGACAAACGUACGAGGAGAUCGCAGAGAUCGUUGCUCAACAGCCUCAGAAGGACCUUCACUUCCUGUUGGAGAUAAACGGCGAGUACAAAGGCCUGCUGGGAUGUUUCCCAGAAAUCAUUGCUGUACACAAGGCUGCGGUGGAGAAGGUGAAAGAUUCCGACCGUCUGCUGUCUGCAGGAAGAAUCAACAACGAGGACAGGAAGUGCAUGAAGCACCGCCUCAGCUGCAUGAACUACGCCCUGCAGGCUGAGAUGAAUCAUUUCCAUAGCAACCGUAUCUACGACUAUAACAGAGUGAUGCAGCUUUACCUGGAGCGACAGGUGACCUUCUACCAACAGAUCGCUGACAAGCUGAGAGGUGCUCUGAGCCAGUUCACCACGCUGUGAGGAUGACAUCACCGAUGACAUCACAGCUCAGUGACAUCACAUUUGUAACAUAUUUUUAAUAUCAAUGAGUGUUGAAUAUUAAUUAGUCUGUUGAAUGUUAAUGAGUCUGCUACAUUUCUAUUUGAAUAUUUUACGCUUUGAUCAUUAAUGUCUCGUUAGUUUAAAAUAUAUUUAACGAGUUUGUCUCUUUCAACAUUAAAAUUCAUUUUUGUCAAACUAAA